GCUCGAGACGCGACGAGCUUGGGCUUGCCAACAUUGACGCAAUCUGACAGCCCAGGAGCAGUCUGUGCAGGAGGCCCGGCUAUCAACAUCUGCUACAUAUGUACCGAACGACUAUCGCAUAGUUUGCUGUUAUGAGGGACGACGAGUCCGACAGCAGUGAUAAUGCUCUGCCGCCAACUCCACGUAAAGAUCGUCUGCUCGUGCCGCCCACCUCUGCCAAUGCCAAAAAGCAGGCCCUGAGCGGUGCGUUGCGCAUUCAAUCUCCAAAUGCCUCACCCCUGACAUCGCCCAUCAAACAAGAGGCUCGAGUGGCAGUUUUGCCGUCUCCCAAAAAGACUCUAUUCAGCCGUCCAAAGCUCAAUCUCAAGGAGAAGACCAGGGAGAAUAUGCCAUCUGAGGAGGAGCCCGUGACACCAUCUUAUUUUCAAGACUCGAGUGCGCCGUCCACAUUCUCUAGCUUUCUCAAGAGCGCGGGCAAUCACGUAUCGCAUCCUUUGCACGGCUCAAGACAGCCAACGCCUGGCGCAAAUGGCGUUCGUGGACGCUCCCUAGACCUGCUGCGUGGCGAUCAAGGCCAAAACUCGCCUUCGUUCUUCUCUGCAGCUCGCCAAGUAAGUCAAGCAGAGCGCUUAUCAGAGACAACAGACGAUACGUGGUCUCUCUUGUGUGCGCGCGUCCUGCCAUUGUUUUGCGGCGAAGGCUUACGCCAACCAGUCGAAGACCUCAAUCGUCUAGUCAGCACCUAUCUACGUUACUGUAUUGACAACAAGGAGCAAAGUCAUUUGGUGGAAGACUUGGUUGAGCUAUUCGAGACUGGUACUGCAAGCUUGGACAACAACCUGGCAGCCAUGAAUGACGAAAAGCUCAUUCACCGACUGGUCGAAAUUUGGGUCUUUUACUUUUCUUCAGUCUUGCCAUAUCUCGAGGCCACCUUUCUACCACUGACGGUCGAAUUCAGCAGCAACGCGUCCCCGUACUUGGCAGACUCAGGCAACGUCGACUCUCUCUCGAUUCAUCUACUCGCACUACAGGCGUACCGCGAUGUGAUCGUCCUUCCACUUAAAACACGCCUGGCAGGACUUUUGCAACAAUUGCCGUUUCUAGUCAACGUAUCGGGCUCUGCAGAUGAUGCGAGCGAGACAUUUAGCAGAAUGCUGCAGUGCAUCUCCAUCCUCCGGCGCGUACAAAGCGGCGACAAGAGCCAAGAAUGCAUGGACGAGCUUGGCAAGGCAGUCUUGAUUCGUCGAGUCAAGAAUCGUGGUGAUCGACGCGGCUUUGUCGCUGGUAAGAAAAUAGUUGUUGAUGAUACACCAGUCUGAAACAAUCGUGUUUCCACAAGGUAUGUCUUGCACGGACCUGCUUUUUGAAGAACAUGCGUUUCCUUCUACUAUCUGGUGUCGUCGCUGCUUCGCUUGAUGGCCUCUCUAUACCAAUCAAGUCAACGUCAGGCUACCUGCAUGGGCCUCCCAUUUUUUACUCUACCUUCACCCUGGCUCAAAACGGUCAGCAAAUCAAUCUUGUCAUGGAUACUGGAUCCUCCGAUACCUGGGCUGUUGCGGAUGACUUUGAGUGUACGGAUCGCGAGCAUCUGCUGAGGGGUCAAGUAAGGCGACAAGAAGACUGUCACAUGGGUCAGCCAAUCAAGGAGGGCAGCUUUG